AAUGAUUCCGUGCCCAUCUACUUAUAUAUAGGGAGUACAUAUAUGAAGAGCACAUUCAUAAAAAUGGUGUAGAAAUUGGAAUAGCACGACAAGGUUGUUGAGCAUAUAUAGAUGAAUUUGCUAUUUGCGGUUGCUGCCUUUAACUUCCUCAUCAAACCCGUAUUUUGUGAAGAUGUUGCGUUCAGUUACUCGGACUCAACCGGCCCUGACCAUUGGGCAAGGUUAAGCCCGAAUUACGCGCUAUGCGCCACCGGUAGAUCUCAGUCCCCGGUUAAUCUUUCUUCUAUACCCGUCCAUUUGAAUCCUAAUUUGAAGGCUUUGGAUAUCCAUUUUACCGAUUCAGUCAAUGCCACAUUGGUUAACACGGGCUACCAUGUCGAGUUACGUUAUAAUGGAGGAGGUGGAGGAUCGUUGGUCCUUCACGGUACCAUUUACACUUUGUCACAAUUGCAUUGGCAUGCCCCUUCUGAACACUUCAGCAACUCGUUCACGUGUGAGCUUCACCUACCGUUCAAAUCUCCCCAUAAUAGCAUGGUUGUGGUCGCAAUUAUGUUUCGAUUUGGCCAAUCUGACCCCAUUAUUGCAGAGCUAGAACAAGAAUUGAGUCGGCUCUCAAAAAGGUCACCGUCCCAACAUCCACCUGAAGUUGCACUGGGAAACAAUAAUAUUCGUCAUAUUCAAAAUCUUUUAAGAGAAUUUACUAAUGUCGAUAGAUAUUACACAUACGAAGGCUCUUUAACCACUCCCCCAUGCACAGAAGAUGUUACUUGGAUUGUCAUAGAAAAGUUUCGCACAAUUUCAAUGGAUCAAGUCGAAACUUUGCAACGUCCAUUGGACAAUGGAAGCACGAAGAAUGCAAGGCCAAUGCAACCCCUGAAUGGACGAAAAAUAGAGACUUACCAAUCUCAUAGCAUUUCACCAUCUCCAAUGUAAUGAUUUUCUCCACACAUUUAAUUUGUUGUAUAGUAGCACGAUCGAGAGAAAUAAAUACAAAAAUGAUCACUUUGAAGAGUAUACGUAUGGGUUAUAGGUUUCUUUUUAAUCUUCUUUAAUCCCAAUUUAUUCCUACGCUCAUUCAAAAUUAUUAAUCGACCCUAAACUUAUUUGGGGAUCGGACAAGGCUUAGAUAUGAUGUUGUUGACUUGUUGUUCACUACAAAAACACACCUCAUUACCUACGGACGAUUUCCCACCGUUUUUUGUGUUGGAAAUUUCCAACCGAUUUCCAACUAGCUUUCCAACGGACUCCGUCGGAAAUCUGGCAAAAUGUCGUUGGAAAUUUUUGAGCUCUGGUCAGGAUAGCAUUGGUUGGAAUUCCGUAGGAAAGUGAUUGGAAUUCGGUUGGCAUUUCGUCGGAUUUCCAGCAAAUCCCGUCCGUUGAUAAACACAGUUGAUAUGCGGGUUUUUUGGCUGGUGAACACAAAUCUCGUCCGUUGGAUAUAUGCAAGCCCAAAACAUAUACCCCUUAAACCUAUAGUGGCUGGGGCAGAGAACUAUCGCUCAACAACGAAGUGAAGAACCGGUGUACACUGACGGCAUAUCAAGGCUUCGAAAUCUCUAGCAGAACUACGCAUAUCAUUCUGUUCAAGAAGCUGGUAUUAAGAUUGAUUUCAAUUCUAGCCUUCUAGGUGUUCAUUUUAGUUGAAGAGUGUUUUGCAUGAAGGCUGAAACACGAACAAACAAGAGGAAAUGAAGGUGGUGGACAAUGAAGAACAAUUUCUAGCAUAAGCUUUUAUUUAUUUGUGGUGUAAUGAACAAUCUACUUGUCUUUAAUUUGUCAAACUUUUGUACCACAUUCACUUUGUGUUUAUUGACAAUUACGAAUAGUGUUUAUGGUAUGUUUUGAAAUUUUCAAGUUGGAUGGUAUAAUGUGCAGUUUAUUUAUG